AAAGGGCCCCACAUAGGAUGCGUGUGUGUGAGAGAGAGAGAGGGUGUAUUAUAUACAUGUACCGAAGCGAAGCUUCUUUCCAGAAUCUAACAUCGAGUAAGCAACCUUGUACAUAAAGGCGCAGCAUGUCCUCGUUGUGAUUGGACGAAAGCAUGAAAACAACGUGGACGCCACCUUAUUCGAUCCAACCCCCAUUUCUUGCAACUCCUUAACGUCCAAGUAUUGACUCAUCAGCCAAAGAAAUAGAGAAGAACCGGUCAGAGACUCUUCUCUGCUAGAACCCUGCUCUGUUUUCUCUGUUUCUAUGUUUUGCUUCAAAUCAAACCAUACAUGGAAUCCUUCUGUACCAGGAAUGCACCACCGGCGGCAGAGUAGGUUCCGGCAUCGCUAGAAAUGGAGGUUUCAGUGAGAGAAGUGGAGAGGAUCAUAGGCCAUAGUUUUAAAAACAAAAACCUUCUAGAGGAGGCUCUCACUCACUCACUCCUCCUCCUCCGCUGCCACCGGUUCUCCCUCUUAUGAGCGGCUCGAGUUCUUCGGAGACUCCAUCAUCGGCUUCGCCAUUAGCAAGUACUUCUUCUUUGCUUACCCUCAUCGCACAGCCGGCGAGCUGACGUGGCUGCGUUCUGCUCAUGUUAACAACGACAAACUGGCCCGAGUCGCCGUCCGGCGUGGCCUCUACGACUAUGUUCGACGUGCUAAUGUUGCCGAUCUUGACAAUCAGGUUAAAGAAUUUACUGCAUCAGUACUGAGUGAAGAAGACAAUGGGGUUGUAUAUGACGGAUCAGUAGAAGCCGUUAAAAUCCUUGCUGACAUUAUGGAGUCCAUAGCAGCUGCUAUUUAUAUUGACCUCAAUGAUCUUAAACGGUCUUUUGGAGCCGAGAGAUAUCAUUGAAGAAAAUAGGAAACUGCACGAGAUAUGCCAGAAGAUGCAGAGUAAACAAGUUGAGAUUAAGCAUACUAGAGAUACUGGAUCCAUAAUUACUGCUAGUGUUUAUAUGGAUGACCACUUUGUUGCCUCGGGUUCUUCCGACAUAUUAGAGACUGCAAGGCUUAAUGCAGCUACAUUGGCUUUGUCAAAGUUGCCUCAAUCCACACCUGCUGAUGAUGAUGUUGUUGCUGGGAUUGAUGGAGAUGUUGAGAUUGAAGCAAAAACAAAGCUUAAUGAACUUUGCCAAAAGAAGAAAUGGACUGAGCCGAUUUACAAGAUUGAUAAAGUGCUAGGUCCUCCACACGAAAGAGUUUACAUAUCCUCGGUUGUAGUUGUAACUCCAGAUCGUAUGAUCUAUACGAGGGGAGAUGGAAAGCGUAAACUUAUACGUUCAGAAAAUUCUGCAGCCUCCUUGAUGAUCCCUUAUCUGCCUGGACCUAAUCAUGUAUGAUUGUUGCUUCAUUGAAAAUGCAUGAAUUAGAGGCAUGGUACUUUAUUGUAUUAAAGGAUUGUGGAUUGACUGUUUCUUAUACUUUCGAAAGUCCAAAGUCCUGCAAAAACAGCUUUGAAAUGUGCAAAUUGCACGGGGCUGUUUGAUACGUUGGACUGUAGUAUAAUAAUUUCGUAUGGAUUGCAUAUGGUUUUGUAUUACACCAAAUGGUUGUCUUGUGUUUGGUUUUUUGGAUUGUAUUGUAAUGUAUUAUUUGAUUUUUGAAGUUUCAUCCCCUUCUUGA